AUGAAGAGAAUUAGUAAACAAAUACAAUCCAUUGGUAAAUAUCAAGGAUCAUGGAGAAGUUAUAAUACUUGUAUGAUUGAUAGAUCUCCCACCUCCGAUAAACAUCAUCAUUCUUCCUCUUCUGCUGGUAAUGUAACAACUCACACAAUUAAAGGUGCUGAUCAUAAGGAGCACAUGAUAAAGAAUCUGAUAACCUUUAAUCCAACGUAUCAUGGAAGUCAAGAAGGUUCUUCAAAGAAAACACAGGGUAGUGUUGAUUUGUCGACUGUUUAUGAUUUUGCCAAACAGCCUCCAUCUUCAAUUUCAUUGAAAAUGAUUAUGAAUUUUGGAAUGAAAUUGAACAAGCAAACACUUUUAACAUCAUCAGAUUGGUUGAAAGAAGAAUUGCCGAAAAGAUUGGGAAGACAGAUAAGACAAUUGGACAAUUUGCCGAAAGGUUUGAAUUUAAUGCCAUCUGUCAGACUUGUAAGAGAUUGGUAUAUGGCAUCAUUUAAUGAUUUAUACUAUAGUAAGAAACCUAAAACAUUUGAAGAAGAAUUGCAAUUUACCAAAAUGCUUGAAGGAGUUUAUACAAGACACAAUCCAACAUUAAUUAGCGUUGCUAAAGGUGUAAACGAAUUGAAAAGCAAAAUGAAGGAAUCUAUUUAUCUGAGUGAUGCUAACUUUGAUUUGGCAGAAUUUUCUGAACUUCAUCAAGCUUUGGAUGCCUUUUAUAUUAACAGAAUCGGAAUGAGAAUGUUAAUUGGACAACAUUUGGCAUUACAUGAGCAAUUGACCAAGCCAGUUAAAGAUUAUUCUGGGUUAAUUUGUAUGAAUACCAAUCCUUACAAGGUAGCCAAAGAUGCUGCUGAGGAUGCUGCUGAAUUAUGUAGAAUGACAUAUGGAGAUGCUCCAAGUAUUGAACUAAUUGGAAAGUUAGAUUUACAAUUCCCAUAUGUACCUUCCCAUUUGUAUUAUAUCUUCUUUGAAUUAUUAAAGAAUUCAAUGAGAGCUGUAGUUGAAAAUCACCAAAAGGCCAAACAUUUACCGAAAGUUCGAAUGGUUAUUGCUGAUUCUGCCGAUAAGGAGCAUAUUUCUAUCAAAAUUAGUGAUGAAGGAAUGGGUAUCCCCAGAAAGGAUUUGCACAAGAUUUGGUCUUAUUUGUAUACUACUGCAAAUGUAAUGGAUGAUGUCAGUAAGAUUGAAGAAUUCUCAGACAGUCAUGCACCAUUGGCUGGAUUGGGCUAUGGUUUGCCAUUAUCUAGAUUGUAUGCUAAAUAUUGGGGAGGAGAUUUGACUAUUCAAUCUUUGGAAGGAUAUGGUACAGAUGCCUACAUUUAUCUUCAUUGUCUUGGUGAUAAGGAAGAACCUUUACCUUAA